AUGACCAAAUCAGAAAUUGGGAGUGAAGAUAUCAAUAUUGUUCCAACGAAAGUUUUGCAUGAUUUUAUUGGUUCUAUGUCUGAUAUUGCUCAUCCUGUAAAAGUUCCUCCGCCAAAAAAAGAUCCUCCUCCUCAAAAAGCACAUGGACAGCAAUCUGUUUCUACACCACUUAUUCAGAUCGAUGAUGCAGAGCAGGAUACUUCACGUACCAACAAUCUUUUAGAUUUUAGCGCACCUUCUCCUACUAAAGAGUAUUCUGAUGAUUCUAGCACUACCAAUAUUUCAAAUGAAAGCGACGAUUCUGACUCAGAAUACUUUGACAUUCAAAAUAUUGAUGCAAAUAAAAAUUCUAAUUUUAGCGCACCUUCAAAUGAAACCGACGAUUCUGUCUCAGAAGAUAUUGACAUUCGAAAUAGUGGUGCAAAUAAUAAUUCUAAUUUUAGCGCGCCUUCAAAUGAAACCGACGAUUCUGUCUCAGAAGAUAUUGACAUUCGAAAUAGUG